AUGAACUUGAACAUCAAACGUUGCUGCUCAAAGGGCACUCUGAUCCAAGCUGUGGACGGCCUCUUCAUCAGGGCGGCGUGGCUCAAAGCAACCGUUCCAGAAGACUGCAUCAAAAAUAUAAGACUCUUGAAAAAGAAAACCAAAAAGCUGUUCAUGAAAAAUUGCAGAUUUCAAGAACAGCUUCUGUCCUUCUUCAUGGAAGAUGUCUUUGGCCACCACCAGCUACAGGUUUCCAAGGAGAAGCACUUUGUGCAAGACUUCCACGGUCUUAAGCAGAAGUGGAGUCACUGUAUUUCCUGUCCUUCAUCUGCUAAGGAGAUGAAAUCCAUUACCCGAAUUAAAAAAAUAUUUUAUGGAAUUGGAACGAAAGGAAUCUACAAAGCCAUCAGCGAAGUGGAUAUCCUUCUCUCCUGGAUCAAAAACUUCCUGGAGAGCAUUGUGUCUUGAAAUGCUGUGAGAACCACCAGCAAUAGAUUUAUUACAGUGGAUUUCUUUUAAAAACUUCUCUAGAGUACUUACAGAAAGUAAAAUGAUUCAGAAUAGCCUAGGGGAAUUGUGUACAAUCUUGUUCUGGAAAUAAGUAAAUUAUCACUAGCAAGUACAUUAUUGGUAUUUUUAAGGAAUGUCUUAAUCCUGAACAUAUUUUGUUAUCCACCAGUACAUUGCAUGAAUUUAAUUUAUAAGUGUAUCCUUUGAAUUAGCUCAUGUGAUAUUUGUAGAGGGAAAGGAAUAGAUUUAUGAUGUAUAAGAAAAUGCUAUUGAGAUAUAUAAGUGGAUGCUACAUAAAUUAUGAUUGUCUACUUAAAGAUUUGACGAUUGUAGAGUAUACCCCAUAUAAACCUAGCUAUUAGCAGACAUUGAUUUCAAUUAAAUGAGCUAUGGUUUUUGUCUC